AUGUGGAGUCUCCACACGUUGCUUGUCACCUUUUUAGAGAUUGCGAUGCACCUUGCGUCGCACCUGACCCCGCUUCCGGUUGGCCAGCAGGCCAGUGAGGCCAGAGAUAUUGAGGCCGGAGAAUCUGCUGGAAGGGAGGCCGCGGGGCAGCCAUCGGUGAGGCGGCACAGCCUGGUGCAGAGGCAGCUGGGCAGCAGACUGGGCGAGAGGGGAACUGCGCACAAAGGUCGCUGA